GACCAGCAUCGAAUCAGUAUCGUGAUCUAGCACAUCUCAGCUGUCUCAUCUCCUUCGAGAACCCGACGAAAAACCGAUCAAAAAAAAAUCCAACCAUGAAGCUGUUCCUUGCUGUCGCUCUCUUCGUCGCCGCCGCAUACGCUGUCCCUCUCGUGCCCGAGAACGACGUAGUGCUGGUCAAAGAAACACCUUCCGACAACAUCGGCCUAGGCGGCUACAAUUACGGAUACGAAUUGUCGAAUGGCCAGGCCCACCAGGAAACCGCCGAAGUCAUUAACCAAGGAACCGAACACGAGGCCCUCGCUGUCCGCGGAAGCUUCAGCUGGGUCGACCCGCAGACCAACGUCAGAUACAACGUGAACUAUGUCGCUGACGAAAAUGGUUUCCACCCACAGGGUGAACACAUUCCCGCUUAAAUUGUAUACGACCUCGUUUAAAUAAAUCCUUCACCAAAACA